AUGAUUAUUCCAGUCCGCUGUUUUUCAUGCGGCAAAGUUAUUGGUGAUAAAUGGAACGACUACCUGAAGCUCCUCUCUAACGACAAAAGCGAAGGUGAAGCUCUCGACGAGUUGCAACUAAAAAGAUACUGCUGUCGCAGGAUGGUGCUAACGCACGUCGAUUUGAUUGAGAAAUUGCUGCAUUACAAUCCCAUGGAGAGGACGAGGGACAAGGCGCAAUUCAUCCAGCAGUUAUGA